CUCAAGCUCCCCCUCCACAGCCUGACAUCCAACGUCAGCUCCCCUCCCCACCACAUCACACAGCCAAAUCCUUAUACUCCCGCCCUGCAUAUCAAUUGAGAAGAUCUGACGAAAAUGCUGCCCUUCUGGACAAUCGGCUGCCUCUACGGCGCCUCCAGCGUCAUGCUCGGCGCAUUCGGUGCGCACGGCCUGAAGAAACGCAUCGCAGAUCCCCAGCGCAUAGCGAACUGGAGUACGGCGGCGCAGUACCAGCUCAUCCACUCCGCCGCCCUAACCUUCGCCUCGGUCGCCGCCCCCGGCAACACGCUCGCCAUGUCGCUCUUCACUGCCGGCAUGACCAUGUUCAGCGGGAGCUUGUACCUGCUCACGCUGGACCCGCAGCGGUGGAAGUUUAUGGGCCCCGUGACGCCGCUGGGUGGACUGUGUUUGAUUGGGGGAUGGGUGGCGUUGGCUGUUACGAAGAGGCCGGUGUGGCCGAGGGCGAGGUAGAGGGGGAUGGAGAGAGUGAGUGGCUGGCAGAGGAUUGUAUGUACGAUACACUAGGUGUGAGGACGCGGGUAGAAGGGAGUGUAUGAUAAUAUGCUUGGGGGAGAGCAGGGGAGGGAGGAUGUGU